GUGAAUACAAACCUAAGUGGCCACCUAACUACCUAAGUGAUUACUCUUUUGUGAAUCUUUACUGUUCAUAUGGUGGUUAUUGACGCGUACUCACCGAAUUGAGAUGUACGGAGGUUGGGGUUGAAUAAAGUGAAAAAUUUCGGAUCGUGGGAGGACUGGCCAUGGCUUCUCCAGUAAAAUGUCAUAUAUAUCCCAACUAAAGCCCUGUAUACCAUUGAACGAGGAGUACGAUGUCUUGCACGUUCAGACUAAUCCGUACGAAUGCAAGCAUCUUUUGAUCUACCCGAAAAAGGACAAACCGUCGAGAACGUUAAAGGUGAAGCAUUUAUUAGUGCUAAUUGAUACAACAACAAAAUUAAUCGUAUUCGGAAUUGAAGUUUAUGUUUAUUUGACAUUUUUUGAUUCUCGGAAUCAUGUUGAUCACCAUAUAUUUGUGUCAAAAGCAGAUACCACCGGGUUUACUAGAGAUUCUAUCCGAGUAGCGGAUCUAGUAAGUCAGUUUGUCAAGUACUUGGUUGAAUUGAAUCCAAGCGUAUAUUUUACGAACGUUCAGUUAAGGCAGGAAAGUAAGGAAUCAGAAUCAAAAUCACAACUGAACUUUGAAAAUGAAACCAUCAAAAAACUUCAUAAAAUCAUUGAUAACUUACGAACAGACGCGUCUUACUACCAAUCAAUUCCAUUUUACUCACAGUCAGGAGGAGCCACAUCCCAAAAUGCUGAUUUACCAUUCCCAAUUGAUAGCCAACAUACUUUCAGUACCUCGACUAGGCUUUCGCUUUUCACUAGAGCGGCAAAUGAAUAUUUAUUCCCAGUUUCUCAUAAAAAUCCUAAUAAACACUUAGUUGACGGUGAUAAACUAUUUACAUGGUGGAUUCGAUUGAUUGACAAGAUUAGCGGUUCCGAUUGGGCUAAUAAGAUAAUCAUUCCGGGAUCUGACUUAAAAUCCACCCAAAAAUAUUUAACUAAUUUGAAAAAUUCCGAUAAUUGGGAAGUUGGAUCGUUAUUUUCGAACCUGGACCAAUUGGCAAUUAAUCAAAUCCCAGUAUUCCCAGAUGACCCAAAGGGUAGAUUCUUGGAACAUUUAGUUGUUGAAAAUAGAUAUAAAUCAAUUAAAACUAAUCAAUUUUGGGAAGAAUUGGGUUUUAGACAAGAAUUUAGAUUAGGUAACGUUGUCGGAAUUAUUGGAUGCCAAAUAAACUCAAAUGUUUCGUUAGCUAAAACCGACCCUUUAGAUGAAUUGGUCAUCCCAUUUCUGGCUUAUAAAAACCUAAUAACCAUAAUAAAAGGUGAAGAUUUCAGUAUUAAAGAUGAUAUCAUAUCUCUCGUCCAAGAUCAGAUCCCAGUGAGUUUGAAAAAAUUCACUUCAGAGCCGUUUAUCACUGUUAAAGGCUCGAAGGUACAAACAAACCAACCUGCUCCAUCAAAUGUAAAUGAUUUAAAUGGUAUGAUUAAGAAGAAGAAACCACCGGCUAAUAAUUUAAAUAAUUCUAUUAAAAGAAAAUCAUCUGGUCCUCCAGUUAAUAAUUUAAACGGUUCAAUUGUUAAAAAAAAAUCAAAAAGUUAAUUAUAUAUGUCGUUAC